AUGCGUGAUGAUUGUGGAAAGUUUACUUACUUGUUGAUUAUGAGAUGUGACCGACGAAACUUUCAGAGUUCCGAAGAAUGGAAGUCGUCAACGAAACGAGAGACUCUUCUUGGACUGGAACAAGAACUGGACAAACUGCUGAAAACGGCCACAGCUGAUUCAGCUGAUAAUGUGAAGAAGGAACUGAAUGGCUUCCGUAAUCUCUUCUCACGUUUUCUUCGUGUAAGAACGACUGUUGAUUGGAUGAAGAUUAAUCCACUGCCCGACAAUGCCAUUAUCCCAUACAAAAAGGUGAAAAUAGGUGAUAUGGAAAAGGCAAAAAUCGCGGAACGUCUCAACAAAUUGGUGGUCGUGAAGCUGAAUGGUGGAUUAGGUACGUCGAUGGGCUGCAAGGGACCAAAAUCAGUGAUUUCAGUCCGUAACGACUUGACUUUCCUCGAUCUCACCAUGCAACAAAUUCAGGUUGGACAUUCAUCGUUGUUUCAUGAAUUUCGUUUUCAAAUUGACCUUUGUUUCACUUUCUGUUUCAUAUCUAGCAUGUGCCUAUAA